UGGAGCCCCACGUCGCGUCUCACUCGAGACGCGUCCAGAAGCCCAUCAACCUCGAAUGUUUCGAGCAUCCAUCUUUGACCACAGCGCCGACGUCCCACAAUAGCGCAGAGCCCUGGUUGAUCUCAAAACUUGAUGAUGGCUUCGGCGGCGCAGCGUGUUCGCCCCCGGCCGGCUCACACACACGGCACAACGCGCUGUGCAUACACCCCAGACGGUUCAAAGCUCGUCACCGUCGGAUCCAACAACACAAUCCGCAUAUACAAGACCGGCUUUGAUGGAGAGCCUACCAACAUCGACGAGUGCCAGGAGCAGAAUGUCAGCGUCGCCGCCAAUGACGACUUCUUCAUAGUCGGCUCCGAGGACGGCACCGUGAGCCUGUAUUCCCUCGAGUCCAGCUCCUUCGACAGAUUCCUGACCCGCUGCACCCUCCCCGUGCGCGAUGUCGCCCUCUCCCCAGAUGGGAAGCUCUGUGCUGUCGCCAGCGACGAGCUCACCGUCAAGGUCGUCGGGACUGCCGACAACUCCAGGAUGUUUACCCUCAAGGAGCACGGGAAGCCGACCAAGCAUGUCUCGUUCGACCCAAAGGGCAGCAUGCUCACCCUUUCAUGUACCGACGGCGUCAUCUACGUCUACUCAAUGACCUCGGAGGAACCCGAGCUGAUAAGGAAGGUCGACGGGGCUAUUGGUUCGUUGGACACAAACGAGGACGCUUCUUCUUGCGUCGCCUGGCACCCAGAUGGGAGGGCCUUUGCAGUUCCGACGCCAAUCCGAGACAUCCAGGUCGUCUCCAAAGAUGACUGGGAGAACCAGAGGUCCUUCAGGAACGGACAUGAGGGCGACAUCACUGCCGUAGCCUGGUCACCAAACGGCGCCAUGCUCGCAACGGCAGCCAAGGACCGGAAGGUCCUCAUCUGGCAGACCAAAGAUCAGACUGUCAUCGGCAGAUACGAUUAUCCAAAUGUCAUAGAUAUAGCCUGGCAUCCAACCAAUAACCUUCUCUCCCUCACUACCGCCGACGGCGAGGUCUAUAUAUGCCCGGACUUCAUCUCGAGCCAGUUCUCUAUCCUCCUGAAGCUGACAAGGCAGCCGGCGCCUUUCAUCCACGACCCCCGCGACGAGACCACAGCCAACGGUCGGAGGCCACAAGUCAACAGCGACAAGGCCCGCCUAGAAGCAGCUCGCACAGAUCUGACCGAUGACCUGGACUCUCUGCUCGACGAUGGCUUUGGCGAAGACGACGACAAUUUUGUUAUUGAUGACGACGGAGCCGGAUACACUCUUGGUCGCAAGAGGCCGGCUGACGACGACGAAGGCUUCGGUCAUUAUCCAAAUAAGCGGGCCAAUAUACUUCAGCCGCGCUUACACGAGCCGUUCCAGCCGGGAGCGACUCCGUGGCGGGGAAACAGAAAGUACUUAUGCCUCAACCUGAUUGGGUUCGUCUGGACUGUCGACCAGGACACCCAUCACACAGUGACUGUGGAGUUCUAUGAUCAUGAGUUCCACCGCGACUUCCACUUUACAGACACCUUUCUCUAUGACAAGGCCUGUCUCGGCGAGCACGGCGCCCUGUUUGCAUGCCCCCCGAAAGACGAUGCACCUGCGUCGAUCUUCUACCGGCCGCACGAAACGUGGACGAAGCGUAACGACUGGAGAACAGAGCUUCCGGAGGGAGAGGCAGUCCUGGCCAUGUCCCUGGGUGACUCCUUCAUAACUGUGACAACGUCGGCGAAUUACGUUCGAGUCUACACCUUGUUCGGCAUUCCCUACCGUGUGUACCGGCCAAAGAGCACUCCAAUGGUGACGUGUGCCAGCUGGCGGGACUAUGUUCUCACAAUCGGAAACGGGCCCUGUGGUGCCGAUGGAAGGACGAGGCUUCUCUACUCGAUUGAGAAUAUCAAACGCGAUGAGAUUUGCCAGAACGAAGAUACGGUUGCUCUACCUGAAGGCGCCACCGUCAAGAGCGUCUUCUUCUCCGAUAAUGGCGACCCAUGCAUAUACGACUCUACUGGCACGCUCUUGACGCUCCUUCACUGGCGGCAGCCGUCACGAGCAUCAUGGAUCCCACUCCUGGACACCAAGCUCCUUCCCCGUCUGGCUUCAGGCCGCAAGACCGAGAGCUACUUUCCUAUCGCAGUCGCUGACAACAGGUUCCACUGCAUCAUACUCAAGGGUGGAGACCAGUAUCCCUACUUCCCAAGGCCUCUUCUCUCCGAGUUCGACUUCUCCGUGCCGCUUACCUCGGCACCGCCCAAGGCUAGGGCUAGGGCUAGGACCGGCGACGGCGACGAGGACAUGGAGGACGAGGACGAGGACUCCUCCAAGCCUGACGACGACGAGUCAUCCGAGUCCCGCAAGCUCGAGCAACAGUUCUUGCUGCGUGGGGUUCAGGCGGCGCAGGUGCAAGACCUAGCCGACUCGACGUCGGGCAGCCACUCACAGCGCGCGGUGCUGGCCCGGCUCGAGAUCGAGAUGGACAAGGCGCUGCUUCAGCUGCUGGCGAUAGAGUGUCGCGAGGGCGAGGAGCGCGGUAUGCGCGCAUUGGAGAUGGUGGAGCUGAUGCGGGACCGCACAGGCAGGAUGGUCGAGGCAGCGGGCAAGGUGGCCGAGAGGUACGGGAGGACGAUCCUUGGCGAGAAGAUCAGGGAGCUCGGCGACAAGAGGGGUGACGGGAUGGACUACGAUGAUUUGUAGGCGUAAUUGGUUAUUGGACUGUUGCGCUCCUGGUACCGAUGGUGGGAAUCCCGCUUUUGCGUGUUGGCUGCUCUACUCAAUGGCAUUACACAUUCUACGGUUAGUGCACGCAUGACCUCGUGUUGCGCCUCUCUGAUGGACAUGGAGAAACCACAGGUUGUUCACGUUGAGCAAUGCAUCCCCACACCUCUUAUAGUCUGGAGUUUGCAGCGCCCAAGCAUGAGAAGUCGAGCAGCGCGAAUCAGGCCUCACCGGACCAGACCCCACCGGACCAGACCUCAGCGGGCAAUGACCCCGACGAAGGUCGCCUCCCAAGGCAGCCUUCGCGACCGACGCAAUCGAAGCGCCCAGCAGGGUGUGGUAGCGCUGGGGGUCUAACAGUAAGCCUCACCAUCAAACCCAAAUCGUGUUUGUAGUCUGGUCCUGCCAGGAUUCGGAAUGGCCCUCAGCCGGGUAAGGGUCCAGACCUGACAAGGUGAGCAUGCAGGAGGCAUCGUGCAUUUUAACCGUGAAACCAGAUGCGCCGUCUGUUGGCGAUCUUGUGUGCGCUAUGACAGCUGCCAGAAACUGUAGAAGGCUCGCCGGGCAUGAUUAAAGGGAGCGGGGGAAGAGAUCCGGCGUUGGCGUCGUUCUGACCCCUGACGAUCGCAAAAGACGGCCGGGCUGCCGGGGAAACAGGUGUGAUUUCACGAGGGCCCGGGGUUGUGAAGGUGACCCUAGUGGGAGCGUAGCGGCGGGCGGAAUGAGAAGAAGCAAAGGAAGGGGAUCGUCGUGCAUAUCGUUCAGCCACCAUGUGCGUGCGCCAUACCAGGACGAGCAGAUCGCCCGCGCACAAGGAACAGAACAGAAACAAGUUCGUCACGGAGCGUUGUAGUGGGAAACCUUUCUG